AUGCCCUCCAAGCUCCUAGAAGAGGACUUCCAGUUCAUCCUUUGCAAGGGCUGCCAGAAGGAAUCAACCAACCUCAAGCUUCUCACCUGCCUCCACACAUUCUGCCUCAAUUGCCUGAGCAAGAACAAGGCCAUUGGGCAGUGCCCCGUGUGCCGGACGGCCAUCCCGCAGGCCAGUGGCAUCCCUGACACAGACAAUCUGCUCUUCAGCAGCCUGCAGGCCAGGCUCAGCAUCUACAAGAAGAUCGUUGACGGAGUUGACUUGUUCUGCGACAACUGCAACAAAGCCGGUGAGUUCUGGUGCUCUGAGUGCAAGGAGUUCCUCUGCACCACAUGUUUCGAGGCCCACCAGCGCUACCUGAAGAAGGAGAGCCAUGAAGCCAAGAAGGUGAUGGACAUCAAGGCAGGGUCUGCUAAGGAUUUCCUUGAGAGCAUCAAGAGGACCAGUAACUUGUCCUGCUCCAACCCAAUCCACAAGAACCAGCCUGUAAGCAUCUACUGCAAGAAGUGUGAGAAGCCACUGUGCUGCAUCUGCGCGCUGCUGGACAGCCAGCAUGCCCCCUUCUGUGACAUCCGCAGCGAGACCCAGCACAGGCAGGAGGAGCUGGUCACCAUGAGCCAGGAGCUGAAGCAGAAGAGAAGCAGCUUUGAGGCCAGCUAUGUGGCGCUACAGAAUGAGGCCACCGAGCUGGAGCAGGCACAGCAGGAGAUGCGGAAUCUGAUCCGGCAGCGUGUGGAGCAGCUGGGGCGGCUGAUCCGGCAGGAGGAAGAGGAGCUGCUGGGACUGCUGGAUGCACGGCAGUUGCAGGGCCGGUGGGAGCUGGCGAGGGAGCUGCAGCACGUGGAGGGGGUGCUGCAGCGGAUGGAGGGAGGUGAGUGGCUGGUGGAGAAGAUGAGUCUCUACGCCACGGAGCAGGAGGUGAUGGACAUGCAGCCCUUCAUCAAGGACUCGCUGAAGGAACUGCAGCAGCUGCGGCCACCGGUGGCUGGGGACCGAGCGCAGCCCGGGAACUUUGCUGAGUGCAGAGCCAAGCUGCAGGCGCUGGUGGAGCGUGUCAUGGGGCACCCAGAGUAUGGAGGUCCCCCAAGCGCAGUUAUACUGGGAGGGAACAUGGUCUCCACCUCCAUCCCUGCAAAGAGGAAGAAAGCCCAAAAUGUAGGUGUCAUGACGGUGCCGGUGAAGGAGAUGAAGCUUGAAGAGAACAACAACACGAGGAACCAGACAGUGCCGCAGCAGCCAAGCUGCUCGGACCAGCCUGGGACCAGCUGUUUGGUGUCCCGCAUGACUCUCAUCAAGGAGGAGAGCCUGCUGGAAGACGUGCCAGUUGGCAACAAUGGGUUGAACGACUCGGAUAGCGAUAUGCUCUGCUUGGACAGCUGUGAGGAGGACAGCACUGAUGAUGAGUUGGACUCCAGUCUGCUAGAUGACCCCAGCAACAUCCUCGACGAGAGCACCGGUAAAGACUACCUGGGUCUUCCCAACAUGGGCCUUCCCAUCAGCAGCUGCACGCUGCUGGACACGAGACAAGGAACCCUGGUCUUCUUUGACGUGAAGAUUACGAAAGAAGGAAGCAUUCAGAUGGCGGUGGUAGAUGGAGAGAAAAUAUUCCCAGUCCUGAUUCAGCCAGUGAAAUAUUUCUCCAGCUUGAUGGCCCAAAAUAAUGCCUGUGAGGUCGGUCUGAUGAAACUGCUGGGCCACCUCAACACUGUCCGCAGGCCCGUCCUGGGUGGCUUUGGUCUCUGGUCACUCCCCUUGCCCGCUCUCUUGGAUGCGUUGAUGCUCCUGAACAAGAAAGACGAGUUCAGCUCUGUCGUGUAUGGUUUCCUGGACAUUUUGCCCCUGAUUAAGGAGAAGAUCCCCAAAAGGGAUAACUACAGGCUGAAGAACUUGGCCAGCACUUACCUCCGGUGGCACUUUGGUGACUGCAGCGCCAGGGAGAACGCCUGUGUUGUGAAGUACCUGUGUGAGUUCCUGAACGUCGACCUGGUCAUGAAACCCUGGCUGAUCAUCAGUCAAGCCAGCCUGGAGUCCUUCAUCUCCCUCCAGCCCUUGCUGGCUGAGAAGCUCCUCACCAAACCAUCAGCCCAAACAUUGGCUGCCCACAACAUCGGCCUCUCUGAGCUCCGGUCCUGCUACCAGCACAACCCCGAGAAGGGGCUCCAGAAAGUGUGCCGUCUCAUCAACGCUCGCCGGCACAGCUCAAUAAAGAAAGUCCGAAACCUGAGCAAGGUCAAAGUCUACUUCCAGCGACAGGAGCAGUCAGCUGAAAGCCAGAAGACCCCGGCAGACAGUGAUUUCCCAAGAGCCAUAAAGAGCGAGGAAAAUUGUUGA